AUAUGGAAACAGUAUAUAAUGUAGAGCCGCUGAAAAUCAGCCACAGUGGAGUAAUUGGCAAGGAAUAUCUGCAUAGUCCAAAGCACCGAACGGAAAAUCAUGUUGAAAAUUCCACUAUUUGUACUGGUCACGAUUGUGGCUACCCUCAACCUUUCUCUAGCACAGAGUCAAAACGAUACCAGCUCCAGUGGCCAACAGCAUAGUUUCUUCGGUAUACCCAUUCCACAUUUCCCAAUGCCUCAAUUCCAAAUACCCUCUUUCCAAUUCCCCCCAUUUCAAUUCCCAGGUAUCAGAGAACAAGAAGCCGGGGGCCCACCCGCUGAUGCUACUGAUUCAUCUGCAGACCAUGCUUCCUCAGAACAACAUGAACAAGAUCACCAGGACAGAUUUUUCUUCCACCUUUUCCACCCGGCUUCGACAUUAGUGUCUUGUAACUAUACCACGCAGGGCGGCGCCCGUUGCGCCAGCUGCACCACCGCGUUGACCUGCGGCUCCGCUAACGUCGGCCGUCUUCAGGCCUGCCGCGGCUUUUUCCCCUACUGCAACCUCGGCCGGUGCUCUUUCUUCCCUGGAGAAGUUUGUACCAACUCCACUGGUUAAAUCAGAACCUGGUACUGAACCUCAUAAUCGAUGAUAAUUUCAACGACAUUUCGUAGAUGUAAUUAGAAUUAAUAGGGAGUAAAUUAUUUUAAUAAAUUAGCGAGAUAUAUACUUAAUUUUUUUUUUUCAAAAUAAAUCAGGUUUAUUUUUAUAAUGAAAUAAUACAACAUCUUGGCAUGGUUGUCUAUAUUUAUUUACAAUAAACACGACAGUAAAAUUGAAUACUUAUUAUAAAUUUAUUUUAAAAGUAUUAGUGAUACAAUUACCUCAUCCUCAUACCUACUAUUCAGGAGAAAGUACUACCCUACAGUAAAAUAUUAUGAUUUUAAGUUAUUAUCGUUCUUAUGGUCACAUUCGUUCGUAUUAUUGUCAAAAAUUUUAGCCAAGAAACAUUACAAGAACAUGUAAAUGUUUAUAGUAAAUAUUAUUGAAGAUUUUCUAUAGGUAAGUUCUGAAAUCACGCGAAGAAAUCCUUUCUCUUAUCACAGGCUCCAGUUUUACUAAUAAAGAAAAGGAAAGAUACGAAUUCCUUUUUUAAGCAUUUGUAUUAAUAAUCCAGUAACUUUGUCGCCUGAAAGUACGGGGUUUUUUCGUCAAAUCAGGUACUUCUGAUUUUUUACUGACUUGUUUAUGAUGUUGGUUCAAUGAAUAAUCCAAGUUUGUGACCUCGAGCGCCGAACGCAACUUUGCCAGAAAACGAAAAAGCCGCCAAAAUUUCGUUUUAUUUUUUUAGAUUUGGGCGGUCCUUUAGGGUUAAAAGACUAGUUUUUGAUAGUACCUCCUCAAGACGUUUUUAUAGUAAUUUAGGGAAGUCGUUUUUAAAAUAGUAGAAACAAGUCUGCAAAAAAUCAGAACUACCGGAUUUGACGCAAACGAUAAAUGUAUAAAGUUACUGUAUUACCUAUAAUUACAACGGCAACGUAUCUUACAUCUUUAUUAGUAGAAAAUUUCCAUUGAAUCCCAAAUCUCUUAUACCCUAUUAUAAAAAGCAAAUUAUGUUCUAUAUUUAUUUGUCAAACACAGCUAGUCUAGUAGUCUCAGUAACAAAAGUAAGACUUUAAACAACCAAGGAAGGAUAUGUUGGUUUAAAAAUCGUUUUACAAUCUUGAUAAUCUUGAUAUCGAUUAGCGAUAAGGGAUCAAAAAGCUCUUUAAUUAACAUUGUUAUUAUAUAACAAAUGCACGAAGACACCAGACAGUAAAUAGUACCUUAUAGCUAUGACUUUUGUUUAAGAAACUACGUAUUUGUUAUAUUGUCAAGACUAUCAUGUUUUUUACGUUUUUUUAUCAAUUCUUGUAUUGUGAUUGACAACAUAAACUUAUUUCAUUACUUUCAUUAGCUAAACUAUAUCUGUCACAGGUUAAUCUGGCCAAAGUCGUUUUGUAAAAAUGUCCGAUAUAUUCUAAGUAUCACUAGCCUAUUUAAAACUUAUAUUCAUGCUAAAUUAGUUCAUUGUCACAACAACAUUUAACAUCAAUACAUUAAUAGUGUAUCAUUUAGAUUAAAUUUAUUGUCUAUACUA